AUGAGUGAGCUCAUGUCUUUAACCGAAAAUAAACCAAGAAUUGAGCAAAAAGGAACAGAUGAUUAUUCUUUGAAUGCAUUAAAAAAAGUUGCAAGUAGAGAUACGUAUAUUGUACUAUCUCCGAAACAAUUAGAAAGAUUAAAACAAAUUUCUGAAGCUAUUUUUAAAUUAGCUAAUGAAACUUUAUUAGAAAUAAUAAAGCAAGAUGAAGUAGAAUCUUGGAUGGAGUCAAGAUAUGGUGUUGUUAAAUCACUCUGGAAAAACGGUCAAACUGGAAUAAAUUUAGCAAGAUUUGAUUUUGCCUGGGAUCAGGAAAAGAAUUUUAAAAUAUUAGAAAUGAAUACAGGAAGUAGUGCUGGCUGGUUAUUUUCAGGUUUGAUCUGUAAAGAAGCAUCAGCUGAAAAAAUUGGUGUUCCUCUUGCUCCUCCAACAAUGUUUUUAGCUGUUUAUCUUUUAAAUAAGCUAGGAUCAAAAAUAGCUGUUAUUAUUAAAGAUUCAUUUCUAGAACGUGAUUUUUUUAUAAGCCAAAUUGAGAGUAUGGGUGGAGAAGCCAAAGUUUUCAGUAUUAUUGAAGCCAAUUUCCAAGAUAUUGUCGAUUAUGCACCUACUGGAAUAUAUUGGAAAUGUGUAGGAGCAGUAGAGCAUUCAGAUAUAAUAUUAAAGCUAUCCAACUUAAAAUUACCACAAAUACCUUCAUUUGAAAGUAUGUUUAUAUCUGGUGAUAAAUCAUUUUUAGCCAUCCUAAGUGAUAGAGACAUAACUGGUGCUAUUCCUAAAACUUACGUAUUGUCAAAAAAUGACAUAUCAAAAAAUCUUAAUUUUUUUGAACAACAUAAAGCAGUCCUCAAAGCAGGUGAUUCAAGCAGAGGAAGAGAAGUUAUAUUGGGAAAAAAUUAUAAAAAUAGUUGGGAGGACAAAUUAAGAGAGAUUAUGAAUUCCAAUAAAGAAUGGAUAAUACAAGAACUCUGUUAUUUACAAAAUACCAAAGAUAAUAGGUAUGAAGAUAUUGCAGUUUUUAUUGUUGAUGGCGUUGUUCAGGGCUUUGGGUCCAGAAUUUCUUCUGACGAAAUAUUAAAUGCUAGUAAAGUUGGUUUUGGCCAGUCUGUUGUCUUGAAAUAUGAUAAUUAA